UUGAGAUGGGGCCGCUAUUCUAUCUUGAAACUGUUCUUCUUGUUAGCUGACAUGUAAAAGGUAAUUCACAAUAAGAUUCACUUUGUUCUGGACUAAAGUACGCACUGGCAUCAUAACUGAAUUAAAUCACUGAUAAACAUCCAGAUACUUCUCUCCACCAGGUUUACAGUACCUCUGUAUGUGUCUUUUUCAGCUGUGGAAUGUUGACUUUUGGUUGAGCUUGUAUUAUGUGUGUUCAGGUUUCCCUGAAGAACAGUUGUUCUCACUUCUGCGGAGGAGCCAUCCUGACUGAGCGCUGGAUAAUGACUGCUGCACACUGCUUUGCAUCACUCUCAGAAGAGUUUCUUGGUGGUAUUAGAGUGGUGGUGGGAGAGUUUGACCAGCGAGUGGAUGAUGAAGAGGAGCAGGUUUUUCUCAUCAAGUCUGUUUCAGUCCAUGAGAAGUACCAUCAUGCUUUGCCUAUGAGCUAUGAUAUAGCUCUGAUCGAACUGGAUCACCACAUUCAACUGGGAACCCGAGUCCACCCUAUAUGUCUGCCUUUGCCUGAUGAGAGCAUCCCACCUGAAACCAGCUGCAUUGUGGGUGGAUGGGGUAGGGUGAAGGAAAAGGGUCGUCUUCCUGCAGUGCUGAGAGAGGUCCAGUUAGACUUAGUAAACUCAGCCAAAUGCAGAUAUGUCCUCCAGACUGUCAAAAGUUCAGCUCGUAACCAGAGACCUCAGCCAGCCAUGACAGUUCUGUGUGCUGGGGCAGAGCGAGGAGGUAGAGAUGCCUGCCAGGGGGACUCAGGGGGUCCUCUGGUGUGUCCAGCAAGUUCAGGCAGCAGACACUGGGUAGCACUGGGUGUAACUUCCUGGGGGAAGGGAUGUGGUCGAAGCUGGGGAAACAACAGCAGCCGCCACCCUUCCAGAAGAGGAUCUCCAGGGGUUUUCACUGAUGUCAGGCUGCUGCUGCCCUGGCUAAAGCAUAAACUGAGAGAGGCUGAUGAGCAGCAGCAGAACACGACCUUAUCAGGAAUCUGUAGCGUGAGAGAUGGGCCUGUAACUGACAGUGAGGGGAUAAUAAGAAACCCCACCCACCCUGGUGAUCACUAUGACAACAACCAGUUAUGUGUGUGGAGUAUCAGUGUUCCUCCAGGUUAUGGUAUUCUGCUGGAGUUUGAUCAUUUUGAUCUGGAGAAUGACUCUUACUGCCACUAUGAUCGACUCACUGUUUCAGUUGGCUCACACAGGCCUGUUGGGAUUUUCUGUGGAGGUGACCUUCCAGGUCCUGUGUUCUUGAAUAAUUCCCAGAAUGCAACGCUUCUUUUUUCCUCUGACAUUAACAGAGCAGGAAGUGGCUUUGUCAUUAGGCAUCGUGCUGUCCAGGGACACUCUGAUCCUGGAUGUGGAACUGUUCUUGUUUCUGUUGAGGAUCAGACUGCUGUCCACAGCCUGAAUUACCCACAGUUCUACAGUAAUGACUGUGUCCUCCGCUGGGUUGUCUAUGCUCCACAGGAUCAUGUUGUUAAGCUUGACUUUGUUGAUUUUGACCUGGAAGAGUCAGACGGAUGCUUGUAUGAUUCCCUCACUGUACUGGGAGAUGUGGAAGGAGUACAUGAGAUUGCUGUGCUGUGUGGCAGAAGUGUCCCUCCUCCUGUCCUGUCCUACCACAGCAUCAUGGUGCUUCAGUUCACAUCAGACAGCAGCAUCACACACAGAGGCUUCAGUGCUACACUUGCAUUCAUCAGCCAUUCUGACCUCCAUGAUCAGGACACGGCAAGUGUGGCAAGUUGGAGAGAUCACCAAGAUGAUUUAGCAGCUAAAGAGCGACACAUCACAUCAUAUGUGAACUUGGAUGUAGCAGCCCCAGCUGUGCAGGAGUCAAGCAGCAGAGCCCUGUCUCAGCAGAGCCCAGAUGAUCCCAGGCUGCGUAUGAACGCGGGCUCAGAUGAUGAAGACUACAGUGGAGAGUCUUCAGGGAGAGGGUAGCAACCUGUUGGAAGAGAAAAAUACAUGUUGAUCUUGACUGAAAUAAAUAACAAUGCCAAUGUUCAAUAAAUUCCAUUUAAUAAAAUAAAAGAAAAGUCCUAAUAAGGCGGGAAAAAAGCAACUUCUUGACA